UAAUAAAAAAUAAAACCGCAAAAGUGAAAUCGACAUAUUGUAAAGCACCGUCAACUGUUAAAAUAUUGUAAAGUCACUGCUCAUUAAAAAUUGUUGGGAAUAUUAUGUGUAUUAUAAAAUAAACUAUGAAAUUUUCCUGAGUAUAAUGGGUAUAAAAGACUUGUGGAAUUUACUGACACCAUACUGCGAAAAAAAACCGCUUUUUGAACUGAAUAAUAAAACCGUUGCAAUCGACCUAUCUGGUUGGGUUUGCGAGAGUUUAAAUGUAGUUGAUUACUUUGUUCAUCCCCGGUUUUAUUUGAGAAAUCUAUUUUUCCGCACCUGCUACUUACUGCAAACGGGAAUAAUACCAGUUUUUGUUUUGGAAGGUACAGCACCUCCGCUUAAAUAUGGAGUUAUAAUCAAACGAAAUCAGUUACAAUUUCGUGGUGCUCGCCCGAAAAAAGCGAUAGAUAGGGACAAAGAUGGAAAGAACAUUAAGAGCUCUGGAGUUGAACAGAAACGUAAUCGUUUUCAUCACGUGUUAAAACAGUGCGAAGAGUUGCUCAGUUCACUUGGCUUGACUUGUGUCCAGGCACCAGGAGAGGCAGAAGCACUUUGUGCCUAUUUGAACCGCGAUAAUAUAGUUUAUGGUGUUGUAAGUCAAGAUUCGGAUUGCUUUGCUUAUGGAGCAAGGAGAGUUUUCCGAAAUUUCUGUGCUACCCAGAAUGGAGGGUCCGUAGAAGUAUAUGAUUUGACCAAAGUUUGCAAGUCCUUAGAUUUGGGCCAAGAGAAGAUAGUAGUGAUGGGUAUUUUGUCUGGAUGCGAUUACUGUCCAACGGGAGUACCAGGCGUGGGACGCGAAUCUGUCCAUAGACUGUUAAGGAGUCAUACAAACCAGGAGAUUCUGAAUCAGAUACGUUCUUGGAGACUGACAGCAGAUAGGUUAACUGAAUCUGAGAUUAAAGUACAAAAUAAAGAUAUUUGCACUGACUGUGGGCACUAUGGUAAAGUAUUCGGCCAUCGUCGUGUAGGCUGCCAAGAAUGCGGAACUAAAAUCGGAUGUGAUGCGUCACGUUGGCAGCAACAACGAUUAAAUAUUAAAGCGGAAAUGGAUAUCAAACGAAAAGCUGUCCAGAAUCCCGAAUUUCCUCCAGAAGCGAUUAUACAUGAAUUUAUGGUUCGACCUUGUGAUAUGCCAACUCUAGAUUUACAAUGGAAGCAACCGAAUCUAGUAAAAUUUAUUCGACAACUUUGCAAUCUUCUGCAAUGGGACGAAGUCUAUGGUUUUCAAAAAAUGUUACCGCUUCUUACUAGAUGGCAACUAAUAAAACUUAACGCAAAUCCUGCAUGCAAUCUCAACAUCGUACUUGAACCACAUUACAUAAAAAAGAAACGGUCGCCCAAAGGUGUCUCAAGUUUCGAGAUUGUUUGGGAUGGCCAAAAUUCAUGUUUUUCUGGACUGAUUCCCGACGAACAAAUACAAACGUUUUUGAGUGAACCAGGCAAUUCUUUGGAAACCCUUUGGAGUACCAUUGAACCAGAUAGUUUGAUUGCAUCUGUCUAUCCGGCAUUGGUAGAAUCAUUCUUGGUUUCCAAAGUAAAACCGAAAAAAUCAAAAAAGCUAGGUAAUGGAGAGCGUAGAACGCGCAAAUUGGAAAAAUCGCUGGACAAUAAGCAAAAACGUUUAGAUGAUUUUCACGGAAAUAUUGUGGAUGAAAAAACAGCAAUCAGUAGUAAUGAUUGCGAUUCAGAUGCCGAGAAUGUUUUAGAACCGUUACAUAAUUUGUCAUCGCUCAUAACGAGCAUUUUUGAAGUGGGCGGAAACGGUAUUUCACAGAAUACGUUGUUCAACAUGUCUAUUGAUUCUAUUGAUUUGGACGAAAUAGCUAAUGAUUCACCGGACGAUAGUGAUUUUAUGAAUGUAUCAGAAAUAGUGGAUCGAGUCUGUGAUCCCAACUAUGGGAGUAAUUUGUCGUCAUUAGAAGCAUGCGUCGAUUUAUUGUCGAUCAGCGCCCAUAUCACUAGUGAUGAUGACGUCGUUGAAGAGCAUAAUGGCACGAAUUUUCAACAUAGAUUACUAUUGAAACAAAAUGUCAUCAAUCAAACUGUUGCUAAUGACUCUAUUAACCAAUCAGUACUGAAUGCUUCGACCCGACCGAGGAAAAGAACCAGUUAUUUUUUCGAGCCUUUGGACAUUCCGCCACCUGAGCUUCAAGACUACCAUAAUGAGAUGGAUAUGUUUGAAUGUUCUCUAAUGUUGAAAGAUCAAAUAAUAAUGCCUGUUUCAGAUGAAAUGAGCCAAACAGUUAUAUAUGAUAUAGAUUUUUGAAUACAUAAUUUUAUUUGAAACAUUCUU